ACCGCUGCCCCAACAGUCCUCCCUCGUCACCCGCCCAGCGCACAACUUCCUCACCAUUGUAACCAUCCCGUGUGACCCCAGACCUUAUUACCACGCCGUUUGAUAAUAUUUGCAGUGACAAAACAAACAAUAAGUGCAUUUUUAGGCAUUCAAAAUUUACCCAGGAAUAUUUCAAACUCAGUGACACCCACCCACGGUCACCACGGCCCUGCUGGUGAUUAGUAGUGUUACGCGGCGCCAAGACCGACUCGCGCGCAGGUAACACCGGUGACUGACUCGCCAUGGCUAACACCGUGUUCCUGUGGCUGGCUGUGCUGACAUGGGCGGGCGUAGCCGGCGGACUGAAGCUGAGGGUCCAGGAAGCGCUCAACCUGGACGAAUACGACAGGGACAUCAGGCCGAACCAAGGCUCCGGGCCGACGAAGGUGAACGUGUCCAUGGCCAUCCACUCCCUCAUCGUUGACGAGUCCCGGCAGAUGCUGGAGCUCUCGGGUGACUUGCUGCAGGAGUGGUAUGACAAGAGCCUCACCUUCUCCAGCGACAGCUACAAGAUUAGCUCCAUCCAGGUACCAGCCACCUCCGGGUCCAUGAUCAAGGAAAGCGUGUGGUUGCCGGACCUCCACGCCGCCCAGCAGGUCUACCCCACUAAGACCGGAGCGGACUUCCUCAGGGUGCACGCCAACGGCCUGAUCUCCUGGACGCAAAAGAUCCACGUCUAUUUCCCCUGCAGACUCAACCUGAAGUCCUACCCGCUUCGCUCUCACCCCUGCACGCUGCGCCUUGACAGCGUUGGCUACCUGUCCGAGGAGAUGGAGCCGGAGUGGAACGGGGAGCCGCCGGUGCCAUACCAGGGGGCGGUAGUCUCCCACGGCUACACGAUUGCCAAGGUGGACGCGACCAGCAAGACACACCUGACUUCUGGACACAAGACUAAGAGGCAGCUGCAGCUCCUGGUGGAGGUGGCGCCCCGCAGCGGGUGGGCCGUGAAGCACACCGUCAUCCCAAUGGUGUCCACCGUCACCACCGCCUACCUCGCCUUCUUCAUCAACAUCAGGGGUGUGUGUGCCCGCGUCAUCAUCUGCAUGCUGUCCCUCGUCACCGCCGCCAUCUUCCACGAGAGCACAUACCGCAAGGUGCCGCCCGCUCAUGACACGAUGGCUAUCGAGGUGUUCACGGGGACCUGCCUGGCGUUCAUCUUCGUGGCGGCGGUGGAAAGCGUCGUGGUGGACGUGUUGGGCCACUUCCCCACCAAGGGCCGGCAGCCGCUCUCGCCCAAUCGAAACUCCUUCGCUCUUGAGGUUGGUGAACAAAAGCCUGACUUCGCCGACGACCACGCCAGCAGCCGGGGCCAAGUGGCCGCACUCUGGCUGGAUCGCUGUUUCCGCGUCCUCUACCCCGCCGGCUUCCUCGCCUUCAACGCCGUCUAUUGGGUUGUGUAUAACUGAGCUACCGUUCGCCUCCUGCCCAGCCUCCCUCGGCUCCGCCUGACGACCCUGCCAUUACACUCUGUUCACACUGACAUCGGGGAUAAGUCCCGCUCACGCCAGAGCAAAAUCUAUCAAUAUGACUUGACCUUUCCCAGUAACCAAUAAUAUGAUUUAACCUUUCCCAGUAUCUACUAACUGGGAGCAUACACCAGGGGCACAUCCACCGCUUCCACCCCAAACUGUCCCUUCGUGCACGUCCCCAUGCAGUUACCCUUCCCACACAAAGCCACUCUUGUCAGGAUCGAUAACUUGCCCCACCCAUGAGCUAGAUGGGCGUCCUUUUGGUUUUGUCAACUCAGUGUUGUUUCCUACGUAAACAACCCUUUGAGUAGGAUCGACGGCCGGCAGGCGUGCCACGUGCCCAUAAAGCUGGAGUUGGCGUUCACAAAGUAAGUUAGUAACAGGCCUCGAUUCAGUUUCACGAAGUAGUCGUUGGUUCGGCGGAAAGUCACACCAGCGAUACUCCAUCCUCCUGCAAAGGCACUUGGCACCAAAGACAUCGACACUCCUCUUCAAGUUGGUAUUCACUGUCCAUGUCUCUCAGCCAUACAGUAAGACAGGGAGCACAAGUUAUAUGAAUUUUUGUCCACCAUAAGAUUUAACCUUUCCCAACAUCAAACAGUAUGAUUUAACCUUUCCCAGUAUCCACCGACAUAAUUCAGCCUUUCUCAGCACCCAUCCUUACGAUUAAAACUUUUACAGUACAGUGAUUUAGGCUUUUCAGAAUACAGCAAUGGGAGUUAACCUUUCUUAGCAUCCACCAGUCAUAUGUUACAAGAGUUGGAUAUCGGGCGUGGCUAGCUUGUGGAUGGGCUAAUGAGUUACCUUUCCGAGCAUUCACCAGUCAUCUUCAGUCUGAGUUUCGGAGGGUGCCGUAGCCGGCUUGUGGACUGACCAGUGAUAUACAUAUAGUAGAGUAAGGGGGAGGGGCUUAUUGUCGAAGUUUGUGUGAACAGAGAACAGUCUUGAGGCGCCUUGUCUCGCCACGGGAAGGUUCAGUCAGCUGCGUCAAGACCGCUCGGCGGGGUUGGUCACUGUUACGAAAGCAGCUCAAACAUUAUGGAAGGAAAAGAAGCUUGAAUUGCCUAUUGAUGGUAAAAUGGGGUUCGUUGUAGAAGGAAAUCUACGAGAAAAUCGUAACAAUGCUUGAAUCUCCCUUAAAAAAUAGUAUCAGGGUCGCUGUAAGAAUAAGUCUAAGCCAUGAAAACACACACACACACACACACACACACACACACACACACACACACACACACACACACACACACACACAUACAAAACAUGAGAUGCCAAUAAAUAACAUAGAUAAUAUGGUCUAUAUAAUCCAAUAUUAGUGGAUAUUUUUUUUCAGUCACGAUGUUACAAAAGAUUAAUCAAAUUACAUUCACUUAGAACAAACAAGCGUGCGACAUGAAGUUGUUUUAGAUCCUCAGCUUAUACUGCACACACACAUAACUCGUUUUAAAAUGCAUAAACUCUUUUACUCUCACCGGCCUGAGGCAACAUUCAUUACGGGAAGAUCUGAGGACCCGGAACUAAGGCACUUCAUUCAUCUCGCAACUCUUGGUUACAAAUUAAUAUUUACACAGGUAAGUUACGUGUGUCGCUGGUCUCCGGGGCGCGUUUACACAGCUCAGCAUCCGAGGCACACACACACACACACACACACACACACACACACACACACACUUCCAUUACCACUAAUCAGGCCUUUUGAGGAUGUGAUUCAGCCUUUAAAGGGAACAUUCAGCUCGAGAGAUGACUGACCUGGAUGCACCAACGACGAACACAAACCAUAAUGCCUAAGAAUCACACUUGAGAGGCAUUUUGAAGACCUGAUUCAGUCUUUAUAGAACCUUUGAACUUCGAUUUUACGAGCGAGUAGAGUCGUUGAACGAGGUGCAUUAAGAGCCUAAGGUUGGUACACUUUUGCUUCUCACAUCAAGUAUUUCUAUAGGUCAAAGAUGGGGUCAAUCGGGAUCUAAUGAGUGGUUCUUUAGGUUCACGGUGCAGAAGAAGGGUCAGACUACCACCAGGGUCAUAAAACUACUUCUGGAAAUACCCCAGACUCAUAGGAAAGUCUUGUUAAAUAGGUGAACUUAGGUGACGAAAUGUUUUAAAAUACGACCCCAAGACACUGGUACCAAGGCAAAGGUGUUGGUCACGCACUCUGAUUUAGCUUACCUGGUGACACUUUAUCAAAACGGUCGCUUCCCUUCAUCGCAGCUCACUCUAAAGAACAAAAACUGAGCUGGAUACACCGAGAACACUAACUAAUGACUCUUAAAUGACACUCGCAUUGAUCGCGUACUUUGGGGCGAUUUAGUUUUCCUGGUAACACUGUCUCCACACGAACGCAUCCCUUCCUCUCGGCUCAUACAAAAGGACAUAAACUAAGCUGCAUAUAUUAAGACAACAAAUCAUUUACUCUUAAAGGACACAUGCACGCGUUGACCAAGCACUAUGAGGUGAUUUAGCUUCUCAUGGGAGCACUCUAUACACAGGAACAUUCAUUCAUCUAGACUCUACAGACGAUCAGACGCAUUAUUAUUUUUUUUUACAGCAGAGGAGUCAGUUCAAGGGCAUAAAAAAAGGUAACAAAUGUUUAAAAAAAGCCCGAUACACACUGCUCCUAAAAAGAGUUAGAGGAGUGGCCGAAAGAUACGUCAAUUUCGGGAGGAGAGGUGUCCUGAUACACAUGCAAUUGAAUACAUCAAGAACAGAGGCAGCUUUUUCACAGACACAUUUUGGAUAAGUGAUCGAGGGUUUAUAAAAACAUUCAGUUCGAAAACGGGAGCAUUAAGCCACCGUCAGCACCUCAUGUCAUUGUUGUCUAGUCCUGGAAUAUCAUUAAAUUAGUUCACUUCAUUAACCCGGUAGCAGCGACGGGCCAAAUUUGUGGCUUUACCGUGUACCAGCGACGGGCCAAAUUUGUGGCUUUACCGUGUACCAGCGACGGGCCAAAUUUGUGGCUUUACCGUGAACCAGCGACGGGCUAAAUUUUUGUCAUGAUAAAAAAAAAAAUAGAUGAUGCAUAAACUGAUCACGAAUACGUUGAUAUAUAUUAUGAAAUGGUCUGCGUGAGUGAUGAUUUUUUUCUAUUUUUUUCUUGCUUAGAAGGAAGGGUCUUUAAAGAAACAUGAUCCCCGCAGCUACCGGGUUCGGCAAGACUGUUGUCAGUGCUCGGCCGUGAAAUUAAUUAAUCUUUGCUACUAUUAAUUAAUCUUUUUAUACGGUAAAAUACUCUGAAGGCCAGACAAGAGUAUUAAUUAGAGUUCGUAAAGAAGCCUUUCCUGGAAGAGUAAUGGAAGAAUGAGCCAAAAAAAUAAUGUAGAUUUAGUUCAACAGACUGAAGUGCGGGCGAGGGGUGAGGGGUGCAGUGCGGUGUGUGAAACGCGGUGUAGGGCUGCGGGACACCUUUGUUAGAUAUUUUUACUCUUGUUUGGCGGGGCUGUCACUGAAAAGGAAGGCCAUGCGAGGAAAAAAAUUGCAGGUAUUUACGAAGUUAUUAUGAUUCUAGACUCCACCGCAGAAAAAUAACUUUAAUAAGAUAAUUUUCAUUUGCUAAUUCAUUUUAGUUUUGUUUGGAGUGGCUGCCAAA